GGAGGAACCCGAGCCGCGCGGAACGGCGGUGGUGGCCCGCGGAGCUGGACGGGGCACUAUGAACGAAGAGGAGCAGUUUGUAAACAUUGAUUUGAAUGAUGACAACAUUUGCAGUGUUUGUAAACUGGGAACAGACAAAGAAACACUCUCCUUCUGCCACAUUUGUUUUGAGCUAAAUAUUGAGGGGGUACCAAAGUCUGAUCUCUUGCACACCAAAUCAUUAAGGGGCCAUAAAGACUGCUUUGAAAAAUACCAUUUAAUUGCAAACCAGGGUUGUCCUCGAUCUAAGCUUUCAAAAAGUACUUAUGAAGAAGUUAAAACCAUUUUGAGUAAGAAGAUAAACUGGAUUGUGCAGUAUGCACAAAAUAAGGAUCUGGAUUCAGAUUCUGAAUGUUCUAAAAACCCCCAGCAUCAUCUGUUUAAUUUCAGGCAUAAGCCAGAAGAAAAAUUACUCCCACAGUUUGACUCCCAAGUACCAAAAUAUUCUGCAAAAUGGAUAGAUGGAAGUGCAUGUGGCAUCUCUAACUGUACACAAAGAAUUUUGGAGCAGAGGGAAAAUACAGACUUUGGACUUGCUAUGUUACAAGAUUCAGGUGCCACUUUAUGUCAUAACAGUGUAUUGUGGCCUCAUAGUCACAACCAGGCCCAGAAAAAAGAAGAGACAAUCUCUAGUCCGGAGGCUAAUGUCCAGACCCAGUAUCCACAUUACAGCAGAGAAGAAUUGAAUUCGAUGACUCUUGGUGAGGUAGAGCAACUGAAUGCAAAGCUCCUACAGCAAAUCCAGGAAGUUUUUGAAGAGUUAACACACCAAGUGCAAGAAAAAGAUUCUUUGGCCUCACAGCUCCAUGUCCGCCACGUUGCCAUCGAACAGCUUCUGAAGAACUAUUCUAAGUUACCAUGUCUGCAAGUAGGGCGAACAGGAAUGAAGUCCCACCUACCCAUAAACAACUGACCUAAACAGACUUACUUUGUAUGCCCUACCCUUUAUUGGUCUCCCAGACAUGCAAACUUUGAAGAAGUUUGAAGAAAGUUGCGGUCCAUUUUUUUAUGGUCAUUAAAUUUGCCAAACAUAA